UGGUGACAGCUUGCGCGUGCGUAUGAUGGCGGUAAAUAACAGCCGAAAGCGAGUUUAAAAAAUAGAAGGGAAGAAAAAAAAAACCGCAAAUAUUUACCGUAAUUUCCUGCGUAUAACGGAUUUUACCGGCUGUGUGGUGGAGUUUAUGUUGGACUCGCGCUUAUGGUCUGUUUUUAAGCGGAACGGCCGGUUUCUAUGAGAGUUUAUUCUGUGUCUGCCGCUCGCGCUGAUUUUUGUUUAACGGGAUUAAAGUAACGGAUCACUCACGCCGAUGUAAACACACACCGUCCGCCGGUACCGGAACCUUCCGUGUACACCACUGCCGCGGGUUCCGCGUGUCUCCCGGCGGAGCGCCUUUUGUUCUCAUUACUUCUGUGUGAUGAAACCCUUUAAAUUCAGCAGCUGCAGGAAACGGCUGCUCUGAUGCUGGACCACAAACAUUUCUCACAGAUGAGCGCGGUCAUGGCGUGUGGAUCCUGACUCUGAGUGCUCAUGCGUGUUGGGAGAUAUGGAUCGCUGUAAACAUGUGGUGCGUCUCCGUUUGGGACACGGCCACUCCAUCCUCAACCCGCAGAAGUGGCGUUGUGUGGACUGCGACACCACUGAUUCAGUAUGGGCCUGUCUGAAGUGCUCUCACGUGGCGUGUGGUCACUACAUGGAGGAACACUCCCUUAGUCACUACCAGCAGUCACAGCACCCGUUGGCCAUGGAGGUACGUGAGCUGGACGUCUUUUGUUUUGCGUGUGGAGAUUAUGUGUUGAACGAUAACGUUGAGGGUGACCUGAAGCUCCUGCGAGGGGCUCUGUCAACCGUCCGCAGUCCCAGUCAGCGCUCUCUGCGGUCUUCUGCGGCUGAUGGUGCUCUCAAAGUGCGGGAGGGUGCAGAGCUGCGGACGGCAAUGCAGACAGCAUUGUGGCACCGGCGCAGAACUCUUCUCCGAGGUACAAUGCACCAGUGGAGAAGUCAGCAGCAGGAGGAACAGAGGAGGCGCGAGGAGAAACAGGAGCAGGAGCGAGAGGAGAAGCGACGACAACGCAGCGAGGUCAAGAAGAGACUUAUGGGAGAACUAGCUAACGUUCCGCCAAGGAAGAGCGCGCGGCUACUCACUCAGGCUCCUCGUCCCAUGCUCACCCUCAUCCCGCUGAAGUUCCGCGAUCCUCCGGAACGAUUUCCAGCUGUUCCUAAACGUCCCCUCCUUCCCCUAUCCAACAAACCUCUUGCCCGCAAGCCACUCCGUGCCGCCGGUAGGUUGCACCGAUAUCAUACAUCGCAGUCGUUGCGUCGCAGGAAACUUGCGCCAGGAGUCACAGGACUGCGUAACCUUGGCAACACAUGUUACAUGAACUCCAUCCUCCAGGUGUUGAGUCACCUGCAGAAGUUCAGGGAGUGUUUCCUCACACUUGACCUGUGUGAGACAGAGGAGCUGCUCGCUAAGUCCAACCACUCGCCGGGUGUGGUAGGUGGGGCCAGUGCCCUCACUGCGCUGGGCCGCAUGGGGAGGGCAAGUGGAACUGCUUCGCUGGGCAGCAAACAGAAUGUCCCACCUAGCCUGAACGCAGCUGAACUGGUGCAACCGAAAGAGCCACGAUCUUCAUCUCGGCAUCAGAUGUCGCUUUGUCACGAGCUGCACACGCUCUUCAGGGUCAUGUGGUCGGGCCGGUGGUCGCUGGUUUCGCCUUUUGCCAUGCUGCACUCCGUAUGGAACCUGAUCCCGGCGUUUCGUGGAUACGACCAGCAGGAUGCGCAGGAGUUCCUAUGUGAGCUUCUGGAUAAAGUUCAACAGGAACUGGAAUCUGAUGGACCCCGGAAACAUUUCCUGAUCCCCCUCACACAGCGAAAACUGUCUAAACAGGUCCUCAAAGUGCUCAACACAAUCUUCCAUGGACAGCUGCUCAGCCAGGUAACGUGUUUGUCCUGUAAGUGUAAGUCGAACACGGUUGAGCCUUUCUGGGAUUUGUCUCUGGAGUUCCCAGAGCGAUACCACCGCAUGGAGAAGCCCAGCGCGGCAGCGUGUCAGCGGAGCUGCUCUCUGUCGGAAAUGCUUGCCAAGUUCACAGAGACUGAAGCUUUGGAGGGUUGCAUCUACGCCUGCAACUUCUGCAACAGAAAGCGGCGAAAAUCAUCCCAUAAGCCCCUGUCCCUCUCCGAGGCCUGUAAGCAGUUACUCAUCUGCCGUUUACCUCAAGUGCUGCGGCUACACUUGAAACGCUUCCGGUGGUCCGGUCGGAAUCACCGGGAGAAGAUCGGCGUCCACGUGGCUUUUGAUCAGGUCCUGAAUAUAGAACCGUAUUGUUGCUCGGACGCCGUCCUGUCACCGCAGAGAGAGGCCUACACCUACGACCUGUCUGCUGUGGUGAUGCAUCAUGGGAAAGGCUUUGGCUCAGGGCACUACACAGCCUACUGUUAUAACACUGAAGGAGGUUUCUGGGUUCACUGUAAUGACUCGGAGAUGAACGUGUGCAGUGUGGAGGAGGUGUGCAGCACUCAGGCCUACAUCCUGUUCUACACGCAGCGCUCCUCCUAGACUUGUCUGUGUGUUUCUCUCUCUCUCUGCCUCACUGUAUACACCUCUGCCUGUCUGUCUGUCUCUCUGCCUUUCUAUACCCGUCUCUCCCUUUCUUUAGCUGCCUAUCUUUUCUAUCUACCUGUCUCUGCUGGCACAGUCACACUUUACCCAGGGCAUUCAGGACUAAACCAACUCACCUGCAGGCUCCAGUACAGCAGGGGCACACACUCACAGCUGAACUGAAGUACUGAAGUCCGUCUGCUGUCGUUUCAUUGGACGGAUUAAAACAGACGGCCGCUUAUCCUGGAGAGAAUGUGACAGCAAUAUGACCAUCACACACACUGAAUCAGGAAUUCUUCACCUUUGAUACUGCAACUGUUUUCUACUCUAUUUCUAUUGGGGAUUAAAUUCAUGAAAAAGGAGAAAGCCUCUUGAUUUUCCAUCAGUGAUAAAAUGACUGAACAAUCGAUGACGCUGAAUGUCUUUAGUUGUGUGUGUGUGUGUGUGUGGAAGGGUGUGACUGCUGACCUCUGACCCUUGACCUAUGUCCUGUAUUGUGAGAGCACCUGUUAUCAACUUUAUUGAUCUUGUGGGAUCUUUCUGAUGAUAGUGAAUAAAAAAAAACCUUG